AUGCUCAACUCCACGGCACCGUCGCAACAACUACGACACAUCUCUCUACCUGCACGUUUGCUCAAACCUGAUGGAGGCAAGAAGAGUCGAUCUCCUACACCAAAGAAAAGUUCUGGUCACCCUGAUGACAUCCUGCCACUGGUCCUGACGUCAGCCACCCAGGAGCUCUUCGGUUGCCGUGCCGACGAGGACGUCACACCAGAAAGUCCCUACAAGCUGCUGCAAAAAGAGGAUAUCAUGAAGGACAUUAAAACCAGAGCUGCAGUGUCUGAUUUCAGCCCCGUGAAGAAGACCGUGCAGGACUACCCAGAGGAAGAGAUCCUGCUGGUUUUUGACACUAACUUCACGUACGGUCAGAGUUUCUACUUGGCUGUGACUCCAACAGCCAAGAGCAGGAUCCUCACACCCCCAGAGCCUGUUUUUGAGAAUACGGACCAGAAAACCCCAGAACCAAAGCAUUGGAUAUCCCUCGGCAGCGAGAAGGAAAUAGAUGAAGAAUCUGUUAAGGAGACCAGAAAAAAGCUGAAGUUCAGAGUCCAGCUGCAGGGAAGAAUGGGGGAGCCAGCCUGUUUUUGUGACUACUACACUGCUCAUGCAGUGGCCGGCCUGCAGGACGGCCCCGGGCCCCGGGACAGAAGAACGCUGGGGAAAAGAGACGGCUGGAUCCAGGCCGGUCCCUGGACGCAGAGCUGCAGCUCUCAGACCGACUGGAAGAGUGAGAGGAACGUGUUCACCCAGGCCAGUCCUACGGAGUUCUGCCAGGACGACGCAGAGAGCAGCCUUCGCUCGGAGAGCCUGACCAAUCUGCUCCAAUUAGGGAUGGUGGACGCCCUUCAGCAGGACGAAAGCACAGACGGGUUCGUAGACGAGUGGGAAAGGGAUCUGGCAAACGACUGUGAGGCUGAUGACUGGUCUGAAAAGACAGAGCUGGUUCUUCAUAAGUCCUUCACAGACGAUAAAUACACCAAAGGCAAGAAGAUCAGCAGCCUGAACUGGCACCCGACCAUCCCCGAUGUGAUGGCAGUAGCUUUGAUAGAGAAAGGGCAGAAGCCGUCGGUAUCCAGCCCGUCUUUCAUCGUCUUCUUCUGCUUCUCCAGUGCUGAGCCGCAGUUAGUCCUGCAGUGCCCAGAUGACGUUUUUGCCUUUGAGUUCUGCCCAUCUAAUCCCAACAUUAUUGCUGGCGGCUGCAGGAAUGGACAGAUAGUUUUAUGGGACAUUUCGGGUCACAUCUCCUGCUUACAAGAAACUGAACCUGGCAGCGAAAUGAUCUCGGCCAACACUGACACAUUUGACCUCAGCAGCGCAGAGAAUAAGCCUCCUGUUGUGUUUUUCAGUGCGACCUCUUCCUUAGUGGGCGGCCAUAAAGCCCCGGUCACUGACGUCCGCUGGCUGCCUCCGUCAUUCCAGGUGACUAGAACCGGCGUACCGACAGAGAACGAGCUCGGCAUCUCUGUUCAGCUGGCCAGCUGCUCCCCGGACCGCACGAUAAAGUUCUGGGAUGUGAGAGCACCAGAGUCUCCGAGCAAUAUACCAGCCGUAAAUCAGAAGAACCCGAUGAGCUGCAGCGUUCCCGAAACAUUCAAACAUCUGGACGGGACAUGGAGGCCGUUUUUCCAGGUUUCCCCACCAAAGAUUGAUACCAGGGAAGAAUAUGCUCCGCUGAAGUUCAGCCUGGAUCCCGGCACCGGUGACGGCAGCUCAGAAAAGGAGAAUCUCCCAGACUACAGCCAGCUCACUGUACGCUCAACCAGAACCAUCAAGACCCUGGAAGACGUCAACACAAAGCUCUUUAUCGGUACACAGGAUGGAGAGAUUGUUUACGCCGACUGGAAACUGGAGAAGAUUGAUUCCACACGGUUUCGCUGUGCCAAACCUCUUUACAGCGUCAGGGCCCAUCCCUGGCUGGUGAACUCAGUACAGCGGUCGCCCUUCUUCAACAACAUCAUUUUGACAACAGGAGGCUGGAAUUUUGCCAUUUGGAAAGAAGGAGUCGAGAGCGGCCCCCUGGUCCUGUCUCAAAUCUUUGAGCAUGAGUGCACGGCGGGAUGCUGGUCCCCCUCCAGGCCGGCAGUUUUCUUCAUCGGGACGGAAGAAGGGAGUAUCGAGGUGUGGAACCUGCUAGAAAAGAGCAAGGUACCGACGGUCCAUUCACGGAUCAGCGCAGGAAGCAUUACCUGCAUCAAAUCCUCAACGAAGGGCGUCUUGGCUUUGACGGACGACCUCGGGGUUACCUGGGUCUUAAAAUUACCCAAACCCCUCUACAGACCCUCCAAACAUGAGAUACGAGAUGUGAAAGAAUACUUUGAACUGGAGGAAUCAUGGUUGGAGAAUUGUCUGAGGAGGGAGGAGCUCUGGGAAACAGAGAAGAAGAACGUCAAGGAACCUGAGAAGGAAAAGCAGACAGCUGCCACACCAGUCCAGGCUCAGCAGGACCAAGAGCAGCUGGAACUGAAGCAGUUCCACGAGGAUCUGAUGCUGGAGCAAAACGUCCUUAAGGCCCUGGGCCUGUCAGCGCCUUCGUGAACGUCCUGCAGGACGACUGAUAUAACACUCAUACACAUAGAAACACACUCCUGCACACACACAUAGAACACACACAUACACACACACACACACAUGUAGAACACACAUAUACACACACGUAGAACACACAUAUACACACUCCUGCACACACACGUAGAACACACAUAUACACAUACGUAGAACACACUCCUGCACACACACCUAUACACACACAUACACACAGAAAUGAAUGCAAAUUCCCAUUUAUAUAAAAUACAGGCUUUUGUAUUAAAGAUUUUGUAAAUUCGGCACAUUCAGAUGUUUUGACACAUUACAGAUGUUAC